ACAUCACCACCCACUGCCACCCACUCUCCUUGUCGCGUCUGCCAAUCUUGCUUGUCUCCUCCCUUCGUGUGCUUGUCUAUCGUUCUCGCCUUGGCACUAAUACAUCACCAUCUUCCUUCCUAUACCUACCUACCUUACCUCACACUCGUUCACCGGACGCGACCACCCAGCAUCAGAAGCCGCCAUACCUGCCUGACGCCUGCCUGCUUCCUUUGCUUCCCUGGUGGACGCCGGCAUUCCAGCUCAGCGCACUCCUCGACUUGCAUCCCUUCGAUCAGCAACCUCACUCGCGCCACCUCUCCCGCAUCACCAUCACCAUCAGCGUACUGUAUUUUCAUAAAACAACAUCAUGAGGACCUUCACAUUGGCCUCCGCCGCCGCGGCAUUGGUGGGCAGCGCCGCUGCCGCCGAUCUCCCUGCGAUCGUCAUCAAGGGCUCCAAGUUCUUCUACGAGAACAACGGCACUCAAUUCUUCAUGAAGGGUGUCGCUUACCAGCAGGACUACUCCGGCAAUGGCUCGACCACAAGCGAUCAGACGUACAGCGAUCCUCUGGCCAACGCCGACGCCUGCAAGCGUGACAUUCCAUAUCUCCAGGAGCUCUCCACCAACACCAUUCGUGUUUACGCCAUCAACCCAGACCAGAACCACGACGAAUGCAUGACCAUGCUCUCGGACGCUGGUAUCUACGUGGUGGCCGAUCUGUCUGCGCCUGUAGACGGCUCAUCCAUCAACCGCGAUGAUCCCGCCUGGAAUGAUGCGCUGUACGAGCGAUACACCUCCGUCGUUGAUGCCAUGGCCAACUACACCAACGUCCUCGGCUUCUUCGCCGGCAAUGAGGUGUCGAACGCACCAAACAACACCGACGCCAGCGCAUUCGUAAAAGCCGCAGUCCGCGACACCAAGGCAUACAUCAAGUCUCAAGGAUACAGAACCAUUGGUGUCGGAUACGCAACCAAUGAUGACGCUGACAUUCGUGUGAACAUGGCCGACUUCUUCAACUGCGGAGAUCCCGCUAGCGCCAUUGACUUUUGGGGCUACAACAUCUACUCGUGGUGUGGCGACUCUUCCUACACCGAGUCUGGCUUCGAUGUGCGCACCAAGGAGUUCUCCACAUAUUCCGUUCCCGUCUUCUUCGCCGAAUAUGGCUGCAACGCCGUUUCGCCGCGCCCUUUCACAGAGGUCGGGGCUCUCUUCGGCAGCAAGAUGACGCCUGUUUGGUCCGGUGGCAUUGUUUACAUGUACUUCCAGGAGGCGAACGACUACGGUCUCGUGUCUGUUGACGGCAAUGACGUGAAGACUCUGGAAGACUUCGACAACCUCAAGUCCGAAAUUGCUAAGGUCAAUCCCGUCGGUGUCAACCAGGCCGACUACACGCCAUCCAACACUGCCGCUGCUUGCCCAGCCGACGGCACGGACGACUGGAACGCCAAAUCCUCUCCUCUUCCACCGUCGCCCAACAAGCAGCUCUGCAACUGCAUGUACAACUCUCUCAGCUGUGUCGUCACCGGCUCUACAAAUGUGGAUGACUAUGGCGAUCUCUUUGGCACCGUUUGCGGAUACGGCGACGACAUUUGUGCUGGCAUCACUGCCAAUGCUUCCACUGGUGACUAUGGUGCUUACAGCAUGUGCAACUCUACUGAACAGCUCGCUUUCGCCCUCAACCAAUACUACCUCUCCCAGAACAGCGCAGCUGAUGCUUGCGCUUUCGAUGGCGCCGCUGAAGUCAAGUCUGCCACUACCGCUUCCGGAGCUUGCGAGACUCUCAUGUCUGAGGCUGGAACUGCCGGUACCGGUCUCGUCACUUCGAGCCCAACAGCAAACUCGAAUGAUCAGGCUCAGCAAUCCGGAUCUGGCUCUGGAUCGCACUCCUCACAGGGUGCAGGUGCACCGCUUGGUGUACCUACAGCAGUGUCUUCUCUCAUUCCAAUGGCUUUUAUUGUGACUCUUGGAAUGAUUUCUGGCGCUGGCAUGAUCCUAUUAUAGAUUUGAGCGGACAUGUUCUCGAAUGUGUGGAGUAGCUGGAUGUACGGCACAGGAUGAUCCAUGGGAAUAGGAGUCGGGGAACGGCCAUGUUACCAUGAUAACGUUUCCUGUACUUGGAUGGGCCUACGCAGCACAUGCCAAUUGGAUGUGAUGGUAGUAGGAGGGGCCUUUGAUCGAGGUUCUUCACAAACACUUUUUCUAAUUGGGCAUUGAUGGAUGGGGCGAGACUGGGUAGAUAAUCACAUGCUUUUUGAUCUUGUAUAGCGAUGUUUCAAUGCAAGGCUUGCCAAAAUUAC